AUGAUCUUCACUGCUGAGGAUCGUGUACUCUUGGCAGCACUGAGAAUGAAGCAGAGAGCAGUAGGUGAUGUGUCUGAGGGGGCAUCUACUACUCUCUCUGGAGGGGACUAUGCUAAUUACGCCCUUCGCGCACACCAAGACGAGGGACUAGGCACUGUUACUGUAGGUACCUCUGGUUCCUUCCCCCUCCUACUAAAUGGGCAUCCUUCAAAUAAGCUCCCCAUCUCUCUCUUCCCCAAAACUAGCUCCAAAACAAGCCUCCACCAAACUCACCAAAUUUCUUCACUCCAACAACCAAAUCAGCCUCCUCUCAAGAGGAAGAGGACUCAAUGCGCCACCGCCAGCAGCCCGCCGGAGGCUGCAGAGGUUGAAGAACCACCCUCCAUCGGUUUUGCAUUUGUCGGUUCAAGAUUGCUUCCUGAUGGAACGCCGGAUAUAGCAAUGCGAUCAGCGUGCGGGGGCCAGAAACUGAGGGAUAUAAUGCUGGAUUCCCACAUUGAUUUAUACGGCCCUUACGCGAAGCCGCUAUCUAAUUGUGCAGGUGGCGGUACAUGUGGUACAUGUCUGGUUGAGGUUGUUGAAGGGAAGGAGCUUCUUAGUCCGCGUACUGAUAUAGAAAAGGAGCAACUCAAAAGGAAACCCAAGACAUGGAGACUAGCGUGUCAAACUACGGUUGGUAACAAAGACUCAAGAGGGGAGGUUGUGAUUCAACAACUCCCAGAAUGGAAAUCACAUGAUUGGGAGUGAUAUUGGAAGAAGAAAACCUUAUUGUAAUGCCUAUUUCUACAUUAAAUGUAAAUUGAAAGGAAGAAAGUCAAACGUUAAAAAUGGACCACAUACUUUUGUUGAGUG